AUUUUUAAAAACAAAAACAGCAAACAAGAUAUGCUUUCAAAUUUUUAAGGUAGAUGAAUUAAAAUGGACAUAUCAGGAAGAGAUCUUGCUAAAAAAUUUCAGGAAUUAUUUCCUGGUGAUACAACAUUCAAAGUAUCAGCUCAAUUAUUAAAUGAAACAUGUGAAAAUUCAAUUGUUCAAAAUUUUUUAAAAUGGUUUUGUGAUCAUGUUGGACCUCAUAAUGUACUACAAAAACAUGAAAGAGAAUUUAUAAAAAAUUUAAAGAAAAACGAACAAUACUUGACUGGAAGUGAGCUAGAUGAUGCACUAAUUGAAGCAACAAAAGAUUGUCCAGAAUUAUUAGAAUUAAUUGAUUUAAAUAAAAGAAGUGAUGAACAUAUUGCCAAAGCAUAUGAAGCUGAAAAAGAUGCUUAUGAUGCUGAUGUUAAUGAUCUUGCAACACUUGAAGAUAGUUUAGCAAAACUUAUUGAAAUUGAAUCAAAACUUGAUGAAGAAUUAGAAAAAGAAGAAAAUGAAUUACAAAAAUUUGAAAUUGGAGAAAAUAAAUCAUAUGCUGAUUGUGCAAGUUUAAUAAAUGAAUUUGAUUUUGCUCAUCGUGAAAUUUAUGAAGAUUUGCAGUAUGUUGUUAAAGUAUAUGCUGAUGCUGCUGAAAAGAAAGGACCAACAAUUGCAUGGACACAAGUACCACUGGAUAUAUUUAUAAAACAAACUGAAAAUUAUUACAAUUGUUUGUAUUUUCAUGUUAAUAGAAAAUUAAAAAAUUCACAAAAUUAUGAACCAUCAAAUUUACCAAGUCAUGAGUAUACACAAGAUUCAGAAAAAAAUGAAAAUGAUAAAAUUAUUGAAUUAUCAAAUGUCCAAGUAAGACUCAUUCAAUCAAUGCUGAGUGAACUUGGUGAAAAAAUUGAAUUAGAAGGUUUCAAAGGUCUAGCUGCUCGUGCACAUGAAAUUUACAGUAAUAUAGAAACACAAAUUCCUCAAAAUGAAUCACAAAUGAGACUAGAGAUUGCUGAAUUAAUGUCAAAAAGAGAUAUUUUAACAGAAGACAUUGCUAUGCUUGAGGCACAAUUACAAGAAUCUGUUAAUCAAUAUGGACGAUUGUCAGUAACAAAAAUAUUACUUGAUGAUGGUUAUGCUAGAUUAAAUCAUAAAAAAAAACGUUUAUCAAAUAUAGAAAAUUUAUUACAUCUUGCAAGAGAUAAAGGACAUGCACAUGCUGAUUUUCUUGCAAUAUUAAUGCAAAUUCAAUUACAAAAAUUAAAUGAAAUUAUUGAAUUUGUACGUGAUGCACGUUAUUAUUUAUCAACAGAAUAUACAAGAUCAUCAAAACGUUGUGAUAUUAUGCAAGAAGUACAGGAUAAAUAUGACACAAUAAUUUCAUCAUCACCAUGUAAAAAAAAUAUUUAUAAUAAAUUAUUUUCAUUAUUAAUAAAUGAACAUGAAAAUAAUGAUGGUAAUGAUGAUGAUAAUUUUGUUAAUGCAGUUAAACAAUAUGAUGAAUUAUUAAAUGAAAAUAAAAUAAUGAAAAAUGAAAUUGAAAAUAUUGAUUUAGAUACUAAAAUUAAUUAUCUAAGACAAACAGAAAAUGAUGUUAUGAGGGUUUUUAAUCAUGAAAUUAGUGAUGGGCCAACGAAAAGUUUUAAACUAAUGCCAUAUAAAAUUUUGGCAUUAUCAGAACAAGUUACACAAUCAGUACAUGAUGCUCAAACAAUAGUUACUGAAUCGAGAAAUAAAUUAAAAGACAUAAUGAAAAAAACAACAAACUCAAAUUGGGAUCGUGAAAAGAUAUUAAUAUGGCAAAAAUAUUUAUGUGAUCCAGAUAAAUUAAAACAAAGAUAUGAUGAAGCUAAACAAAUUGUUGAUCGUUCACAUUUUGUUGGUUGUGAAUUAAAUAAAAAAUAAACAAUUAUAUUUAAAUGUCGACUAUUAAAAAAAAUAAUU